AUGUAUAUGCAAACCAAACAACCUUUUAAAGCUGCAAACGAAAACACCCCGAUAAUCACUACAAAACUAAAAGCACAAAUUCAUGGGAAAAUUAUUUCUAAUACGAAAAAUAAACAACUUUCACAAGGGCUGCCUAGUGGCACAUUAAAAGUUCAAAGAAAAGGGGUUAAUUUGCACUUGAAGCCAGGAUCCCCAGACCGAUAUAAACAAAGUUUCCAAAUGAGUGAUGUAGCUUCUAAUAUGAACUUUCAAUCACAGCGGAAGCCUUUUAAGCUUCUCAAUUAUCAAGAUGAGCCGAUUCAUAGCAGAUCUCCAACAACUAUAAUUAACGAAGUAAACCAAAGCUAUCAAUUUGUAUCUGCUCUAAGCGAAGUACCGAACUCAAAUUUGCAAAAUUCUAAUGCUUCUAUUGAAUUUUCUGACUUAUCCUUUACUAAUAAAUUUUUUUUUUUAAAAUCAGCGGGUCUUAUUUUUGCCCAAAAUACAAAUAUUAAUAGGUAGCCAAUUAUAAAAAAUUUCAAAAAAAAUUAAUAAUAAGAUAUAGGAGUUAGACUUUUUAGAAGACUCUGAUGCUAUUUUAUCUGAUUUUUCUUUAUCUCUUGAAGAGCCUAAAGAAAAAGAAAUCUAUAAGCCAUCUAUGCAAAAUCUUUCAAGAAAUUCAAUUUUUGCAUCAACCGUCGAGCCUCGAAGCCAGUACAGCUCAGAAUUAAGGCUAACCCCUGCAUCUUCUCACAGUCGUGAAGAAAGAUUUUCGACAAUAUAUACCCUUUCAAGUGAUUCCUCAGCUAAAUAUGUACAUACUGGAAACUCAGAAGUCCCAUCUCCUAGAAUUGAAGAAAAUAAAGCGACCUGCACUACAAGAUUUACCACAAAUACAUUGGAAAAUGAGCUAGAAUUUAACAAUCAAGACGAAGAAAACUUUAAAUAUGAAAGAAGCUUAAGCAAAUCUGAGUCAUUACCAGAAACCCCAUUAGGGAUUUUACCGGCUAGAGCUUAUUGUCUUCAUUGUGCUAUGGACGUGUCUACAGUUGUUAGACUAGAAUUACCUACUAUGCCUAUGUAAUUUUUAUAUAGAUGAAAAAGAAUUUGCUGCGCAAGCUUUUUCGGGGUCGAUAAUUUGGAAAAAUUCCAAGAUAUCGUGCACAAUUGUAAGAGAUGCAGACGAGAAAUAGCGAGAGUGCAGCCUCUUAAGUUAUAA